CUUAAGCCAUCGCCCCCGACCCGGUCUCCUGCCCUGUUUCCAAAUGCUAGCUAACCUGUGAGCCUUUCACCUGUCUACUUUGCCAUCCUCAGUGGUGACUCACUUGUCUUCCCUUAUCUGCGUCAACUUUCCUUUGCAUUUUCACUUGUUUAUCCUCACCUGCUCUGCUUUUAUCUGCUGGUUCACAUGCCUGACUCGCCUGUUGCUUCAGCCAGUAUGCCCUCACCCGCCCCGGCCAGCUCAAAGUGUCUUCGUCCCUAGAUUCCCGUGUGCUCCACAGGGCGGAUGGGACCUCGCUGGGGAACGGGAGAGCGGAACUUCAGUCCAACCAGGAAGCACCUGGGAGUUUCUGAUGCGGAAAGGGCGGUGCCUUCUAGAGAAUCUGCCAAUAAAAGGCCGAGAUGAAAGGGGUGACUCACACUAGGAGACGGGAUUGCGGGGUGACCUGGAAAGUGCGACGAGUGAAGCGAACGCCAAGACAAGGCGGGUCUAGUGACAGGAAUGGGCCGGUGAAGCUGAGUAGGGACGGUGGGUAGGCCGAGCCGGCCGUGUACCCUGCAUCCCGAUCCGACAGAAUUUGGAAGUCCUGGGGCUACUCUUACAUUGAGCUUUUAGGAGCGGACGAGGAAAGCCACCACCCUGACUAUCCCGGCUCUUACCCAACCUGCACGCAGGUGGCCCGGAAGCGGAAGUGACGAACACGGAAGUAGCCUACUGUUGCCGAGGGGACGGACCGGGCAGAUGCCAACAUGGCAGCGGUUGGGGCUGGUGGUUCCACCGCAGCGGCUGGGCCAGGGGCGGUUUCCACGGGUGCAUUGGAGCCGGGGACCGCGAGUGCCGCUCACAGGCGCCUGAAGUACAUAUCCCUAGCCGUGCUGGUGGUCCAGAAUGCCUCUCUCAUCCUCAGCAUCCGCUACGCCCGCACGUUGCCCGGAGACCGUUUCUUUGCCACCACAGCUGUGGUCAUGGCAGAAGUGCUCAAAGGUCUCACCUGCCUGCUGCUGCUCUUCGCACAGAAGAGGGGUAACGUGAAGCACCUGAUUCUUUUCCUCCACGAGGCUGUCCUGGUGCAGUAUGUGGACACACUCAAGCUCGCAGUGCCCUCUCUCAUCUACACCUUGCAGAAUAACCUCCAGUAUGUUGCCAUCUCUAACCUACCAGCUGCCACUUUCCAGGUGACGUACCAGCUGAAGAUCCUGACCACAGCGCUGUUCUCCGUGCUUAUGCUGAACCGCAGCCUUUCCCGGCUGCAGUGGGCCUCCCUGCUGCUCCUCUUCACUGGCGUCGCCAUUGUCCAGGCACAGCAAGCCGGUGGGGGAGGCCCACGGCCACUGGAUCAGAACCCUGGGGCAGGCCUGGCAGCUGUCGUGGCCUCCUGUCUCUCCUCCGGCUUCGCAGGUGUCUACUUUGAGAAGAUCCUCAAAGGCAGCUCAGGCUCUGUGUGGCUACGCAACCUGCAACUGGGCCUCUUUGCCUUCCCCGAGGUGCAGCCAAAGCCAUAGCCUCUGCCUCUGCCUCCGCCUCCGGGCCCUGUGUUCACCAGCAGCCUCCCGGGCAGCCACCGCCACCACAGCUUUCUUCCCACCGUGGAGACCUCAUCACGGAGCCCUUUCUGCCAAAGUCAGUGCUGGUGAAGUGAGGGCUGGCAGCUAUGGGGGGACACAAGGGAGGGGGACUGGGUGGAGGGUGUUGGGCAUCUGCAGGACCCAAGUCGCCGCCCUCCGGGGCCUGGCUCCUUUGGGUUUGGAAGAUGGUCUUUUCUCCCACGUCACUGAGACUUCUGGAGGGGCGUGAGACUAGGGCUGGGUGUCAUGUGAACCCUUCCUGGUAGGCUGAUCCUCUUCCUCUGGAGGGAAUUUUAGAGCUGCCUCCUCUGUCCCCUCUAACCUCUUUGGAGGCAGGGUUGGGGGUUAUUGUCAUUCAAGGCCUUUUUUUUGUCUGCCCCUCCCCUACUCUGUGCCCUCUGCUGGAGGUGUCUUGUCUGGGAGAGUCCCUCCCAGCAGUCUCUCCACCUCCAUAAGGACACACUGGACAAAACUCCCGAAGCUCUUCAGGAAUGACUGACGCCUACCUGUGGGGUUUGGUUGCCCAUAGUUUGAGGCCUUCUCUCCUCCCUUACCACCGCUCUGGAUCAUGUUAGCAGUUCGGUCUUUUGUGUGGCCUUGGGGCAGCUUCCCUGACACCUUGAGGAUGGGCUUCUUGCGAGUCCCGGACAAGAGCUGAGAUUUCUGCAUCAGCCCUUCUGGCGGGCGGUAGAGGCUAUUUUUUUUUUUUUUUUUUUUUUCUCCAGUGGACUUGGGAUUUGUGGUGUAAUCAGAUCAUUAAUGAUCCAGAGCGUGGGAAAAGUGGAAGUCCUUGAAGUGGCUGAAUCUCAUUGUAUUUAAGACACUGUCAGUUGCCAGAUGCAGGGUUAUUUAUGGAGACAUCUAGAGAGGAAAAAUAAAGCUGCCAAUCACACUCUUGAUACCCCACUGGCUGUGUGAGGCACCCCUACCUCAUCGGGGUGUCUUGGGAUUGAUGAACUGUGAAACCUGCCUCCUGCACUCCCCAAAGCUUAUUAACCCCUUAACUGUAUCGGGGCACGGGGUGUGUGUGUGUGCAUGGAAGAUGCCUGGGCUGUCUUUGCUAUAUGUAAAUAGGGCCAUCGGAUCUUUAUUUUUGAUUAACUUGUUCUGAUUUUUUUGGUUUGUUUUUUAAGGAACUGUAAUGAACAAAUGUCAGGAUACCCAAUGCCAAAUAAAGAUGUUGUAUUUAUUUA